CGGGACUUUUUUUGUUUCUCUCGCGAGAUCUGACAACACUGCGUGAGAACGAAACAGGACGAAAAUAAAGCAAAAUGGCGUUUGACGGAGGCGUUAUUGUGCUUAUAGUAGUUCAGUGUUCCUAAUCAGUACGUACAUGGACAAAUAUAUGUCGUUUAAUAGAGUAAGCAUCGUUAAUAAUUGUUUGUUUUUGGAUACAUUAGUGUGAGUGCACUUUGAAGCUCCUCGAGCGCGCUUAGCUCGCUCGUUAGCUUAGCAUGUUAGCUGCUAACAAAAACAAAGACGGGCGGAAGUGAUCAAAACACAUCGCUAAGCAGAGAUCAAGUGUGAGUGUAAAGUGUUGUGAUUGUGUGAAAAUGUGCGAAAGAACCAUAGCAGAGUACGAGGAGGAACUUUGUCCGACAAAAGAGGAGAAGGAGCGACAACAUCAACUACUGGACGCUGUUUUCAAGAAACAUCAAGUUGUGUCACACAGGACAGAUGUCCAGCAGUCUCCCCACGUUAAAGAGGAAGAGGAGGAAGUGUGGAUCACUCAGGAGGAAGAGUGUCUCCUCGGGCAGGAGGAGGCUGAUCUCAGCAAGUUUCCACUGACUGUUGUCUCUGUGAAGACUGAAGAGCAUGAAGACAAACCACCUGAGUCCUCACAGCUUCAUCACAGUCCAACUAAUUUAGGAGGGGGCGUGGCCUGCGGGUCUGCAGCGAAGCGGGUGAUGCCAGGACCGGCCUCGAAAUCAGCGACAGACGUCCAGCAGCUGGUCGGACUUCGUCAUUCACCGGGUGUCAACUCCAUUUUAAAGCAGGAGGAUCCGCAGCCCCCCCACUAUAAAGAGGAAGAAGAGGAACUUUGGAUCACCACGGAGGGAGAGUGUCUUCCAGGGCAGGAGCAGGCUGAUUUUACCAAGUUUCCACUGACUGUUGUCUCUGUGAAGACUGAAGACAAACAACCUGAGUCCUCACACCUUUAUCACAGUCCAAGUAAGGAGACGAGAGAGAUGGAACCUUCAAGAAGCAGCUCACCACAACACGUGAUCACAGAAGCUGAUGGAGACCACUGCGGAGGAUCACAAGCAGACAACCUCUUCGCUCCACUAUCAGAUAGUGAGGACACAACGUCACCCGUUAAUGAAAAUAUGGAAUCGCACAUUAGAACGCACGCUGAAGAAAAACCCUUCGGUUGUUCAGUUUGCGCAAAAGAGUUUAUCAAAAGCUCUCAUUUGACUCGACACAUGCGGACACACACAGGAGAAAAACCUUUCAGCUGUUCAGUUUGCGAUAAAAGAUUCUCCAUCAAAACUAACAUGCAAAUACACAUGAGAACACACACGGGGGAAAAACCUUUCAUUUGCCCGAACUGCGGCAAAGGAUUUUCUCAAAACGGAGCGAUGCUGUCGCACAUGAGGACACACACGGGUGAAAAACCUUUCAGUUGUUCAGUUUGUGGUAAGAGAUUCUUUGACAAAAGUAAAAUGCAAACACACAUGAGGACGCACAGGGUAGAAAAGCCUUUUAGUUGUUCAGUUUGUGCUAAAGGCUUUGUGAGAAACUCUGAUUUAACUCAACACAUGCGGACGCACACAGGAGAGAAACCUUUCAAUUGCUUGAACUGCAGCAAAACGUUCUCUCAAAAGGGAUCGUUGCUGUUGCACAUGAGUACACACUCAGGAGAUAAACCUUUCAGUUGUUCAGUUUGCGGUAAAAGAUUCUCCAACAAAAAUAAUAUGCAAAAACACAUGAAAACCCACACAGGGGAAACCCCCUAUAGUUGUUCCGUCUGUGCUAAAGUCUUUGUUAGAAACUUUAAUUUGACUCAACACAUGAGGAAACACACAGGAGAAAAGCAAUUCAGUUGUUCAGUUUGCAGUAAAAAAUUCUCCGACAAGCAUAACAUUCAGUCACACAUGAGAACGCACACGGGGGAAAAACCUAUCAGUUGCUCAGUGUGCGGUAAACGAUUCUCCGACAAACGUAAUAUCCAGAGACACAUGAGAACCCACACGGGAGAAAAACCCUUCAGUUGUUCCGUGUGUGGCAAAAGUUUAUCCAACAAACAGAACAUGCAAAAACACAUGGGAACACACACGGGAACGGGCGGAAGUGAUGAAAACACAUCGCUAAGCAAGAGAUCAAGUGUGAGUGUAAAGUGUUGUGAUUGUGUGAAAAUGUGCGAAAGAACGAGAGCAGAGUACGAGGAGGAACUUUGUCCAACAAAAGAGGAGAAGGAGCGACAACAUCAACUACUGGACGCUGUUUUCAAGAAACAUCAAGUUGUGUCACACAGGACAGACGUCCAGCAGCUGACUGGACGUCAAGAGCGUCCCACUCAGCCGCUGGGGAGAAGCUGCACUUUGAGGCAGGAGGAUCCACAGCGCCGCCAUUUUAAAGAGGAAGACGAGGAACCAACUGCACAUAUCAAUGAGAAAGAGGAGGAGCCACAGUCCCCCCACAUUAAAGAGGAAGAGGAGGAAGUGUGGAUCACCCAGGUGGGACCGUGUCUUUUAGGGCAGGAGCAGGCUGAUCUCAGCAAGUUUCCACUGACUGUUGUCUCUGUGAAGACUGAAGAGCAUGAAGACAAACCACCUGAGUCCUCACAGCUUCAUCACAGUCCAAAAGUCCUGCAGCAGUUUGGUCGUCAAGAAGAGCCGUUUACCAAGUCGCUGGAGGGGAGCUCCACUUUGAAGCAGGAGGAGCCACAACCCCCCCACCUUAAAGAAGAAGAGGAGGAAUUGUGGAUCACUCGGGAGGGAGAGCGUCUUCUAGGGCAGGAGGAGGCUGAUCUCACCAAGUUUCCACUGACUAUUAUUUCUGUGAAGACUGAAGAGCAUGAAGACAAACCACCUGAGUCCUCACAGCUUCAUCACAGUCCAAGUGAGGAGAAGAGAGAUGUGGAACCUUCCAGAAGCAGCUCCACACAACACAUGACAACAGAAGCUGAUGAAGACCACUGUGGAGGAUCACAAGCAGACAAGCUCUUAGCGCCACUAUCAGAUAGUGAGGACACAACGUCCGCCAUUAAUGUAAAUAUGGAAUCGCACAUGAGAACACACUCCGGAGAAAAACAUUUUAGUUGUUCAGCGUGUGAUAAAAGAUUCUCCAACAAAAGUAACAUGCAAAAACACAUGAGGACACACACAGGAGAAACUCCCUACAAUUGUUCCGUGUGUGCCAAAGGCUUUGUCAUAAACGCUGACUUGACUCGACACAUGCGGACGCACACUGGAGAAAAACCUUUUAUAUGCUCAAACUGCGGCAAAAGGUUUUCCCAAAGUGGAACGUUGCUGUCACACAUGAGAACGCACACGGGAGAAAAACCCUUCAUUUGCUCAAGCUGCGGCAAAAGUUUUUCUCAAAGCGGAACACUGCUGUCACACAUGAAAACACACACCGGAGAAAAGAUUUUCAGUUGUUCAGUUUGUGAUAAAAGAUUCUCUGACAAACGCAAUAUGCAAACACACAUGCGCACGCACACGGGAGAAAAACCUUUCAGUUGUUCUGUUUGCGCGAAAGGCUUUGUGGUAAACUCCAAGUUGACUCUGCACAUGCGGACUCACACGGGAGAAAAACCUUUCAAUUGCUCAAACUGCGGCAAAACGUUCUCUCAACGGGGAACCAUGCUGUCGCACAUGAGGACACACACAGGAGAAAAGCUUUUCAGUUGUUCGAUGUGCAGUAAAAGAUUCUCCAACAAACGUAAUAUACAAACACACAUUAGAUCGCACACGGGAGAAAAACCUUUCAGUUGUUCAGUGUGUGGCAAAAGGUUCUCUAACAAAAAUGAUAUGCAAACACACACGAGAACACACACAGGAGACACCCCCUAUAGUUGUUCUGUUUGUGCGAAAGGUUUUGUCAGAACCUGUGAUUUGAAUCGACACGUGCGGACGCACACAGGAGAAAAGCCUUUCAAUUGCUCGGACUGUGGGAAAAAGUUCUCUCAAAGGGGAACAAUGCGGUCGCACAUGAGAACGCACACGGGGGAAAAACCUUUCAGUUGCUCAGUGUGCGACGAACGAUUCUCCAACAAAAGUAAUAUGCAAAGGCACAUGAGAACACACAAUGGCGAGUAAAUGUUCCUUUUUCGAAGUCCUCAUCGGAUUAACUCCUCAAGAAUCACAAAAGGUCUGAUGCACAACUUUUUCUUAAAGGGGAACAUUAUCACAAUUUCAGAAGGGUUAAAACCAAUACAAAUCAGUUCCCAGUGGCUUAUUUUAUUUUUCGAAGUUUUUUUCAAAAUUUUACCCAUCAUGGAAUAUCCCGAAAAAAGGCUUUAAAGUGCCUGAUUUCCGCUAUCUGUGAAGCCACCGUCCAUUUUCCUGUGACGUCAUCCAGUGAUGCCAAUUCAAACAAACAUGGCUGAUAGCACAGCAAGAUAUAGCAACAUUAGCUCAGAUUCAGACUCAGAUUUGAGCGGCUUGAGCGAUUCAACAGAUAACGGAUGGUUGGAGUAUGGAGGCAGAUAGCCAAAAUGAAAUCGAAGAAGAAACUGAAGCUAUUGAGCGAAUAGCUAUUGACGCUUCUCAGCGAUCGCCUUCCAACCAACGACUGAGUGAAGCCGGAUAUCCAUACAUUUCUGUGCCAUGUCUGCCUUAGCAUGGCCGGUAAAAUGUGCAGGAGCAACUUAAAUCCGCCGAUUGGUAAGUGUUUGUGUGGCAUUAAAUGUGGGUGGAGGGAAACGCCGGAUGCAAAUAUAGCUACAAAUGUACAUACAGCUAGUCAAUUAGCUGGCAGUCAUGCCGCGACCAAAUAUGUCUGAUUAGCACAGAAGUCAAUAACAUCAACAAAACUCACCUUUGUGAUUUCGUUGACUUUAUUGUUGGAAAUGCAUCUGCAGGAUACCCAUACAUUUCUGUGCCAUGUCUGCCUUAGCAUCGCCGGUAAAAUGUGCAGACCAAAUGAUCGGGACUUUCGCAUUUUGUGACACUGGAGCAACUUAAAUCCGUCGAUUGGUAAGUGUUUGUUUGGCAUUAAAUGUGGGUAGAGGGAAAGGCUGGAUGCAAAUAUAGCUACAAAUGUACAUACAGCUAGCCUAAAUAGCAUGAUAGCAUCGAUUAGCAUGCCGUGCUAAUCGAUGCACACUCCACGUAAGACAACUUGAAUCCUGAUCGUGUUGUUACACCCUCCGACAACACACCGACGAUGCAAGAUGUCUCCAAGGUACGGAAAACAGUCAAAAAAACUGAAAAUAACAGAGCUGAUUUGACUUGGUGUUUGUAAUGUGUUUGAGAAAAUGGCGGAUUGACUACCUAGGUGACGUCACGAUGUGACAUCAUCGCUCCGAGUGCGAAUAAUAGAAAGGCGUUUAAUUCGCCAAAAUUCACCCAUUUAGAGUUCGGAAAUCGGUUAAAAAAAUAUGUGGUCUUUUUUCUGCACCAUCAAGGUAUAUAUUGACGCUUGCAUAAGUCUGGUGAUAAUGUUCCCCUUUAAGUCCGGACUUUACCCUGGCUGGACCCAGUUGGUACCCAGCCAACCCACCUUAUUUUCUUUCAGUUACAGGUAGGAGAAGAAAUCAUUAGAUGGAUUUUAAUGUUGAAUACAGUGAUUUUAGUUAUGAUUCUCAGCCAUCCAUUAAGGAUAAUUUCAAUAGUGUAACUGGUUAGCGCCUUUACUUGUUAUAUUAGAUCAGGGGUCUCAAACUCAAUUCAACUGGGGGCCACUGGACGCAGAGUCCGGGUGAGGCUGGGCUGCAAGAAAAGAUUUCUUAAAGGGGAACAUUAUCAGCAGACCUAUGUAAGCGUCAAUAUAUACCUUGAUGGUGCAGAAAAAAGACCAUAUAUUUUUUAACCGAUUUUUUAACUGAAUUUUGGCUAAUUAAAUGCUGGAAGCGAUGACGUCAGAAUGUGACGUCGUCGAGGUAAUACAGCCGCCAUUUUCAUUUUCAACACAACAAACAUCGGGUCUCAGCUCUUUUUUUUCCGUUUUUUCGACUACAUUUUGGAACCUUGGAGACAUCAUGCUUCGACGGUGUGUUGUCGGAGGGUGUAACAACACUAACAGGGAGGGAUUCAAGUUGCACCACUGGCCCGAAGAUGCGAAAGUGUCUGCCGCCAGACCCCCUUUGAAUGUGCCGGAGUGUCUCCACAUUUUACAGACGAUGCUAAGACAGACAUGGCACAGAGAUGUAUGGAUAACCUGCAGAUGCAUUUGCAACGAUAAAUUCAACGAAAUCACAAAGGUGAGUUUUGUUGAUGUUGACUUAUGUGCUAAUCAGACAUAUUUGGUUGCGGCGUGACUGCCAGCUAAUCAAUGCUAACAUGCUAUGCUAAUCGACACUAACAUGCUAUUUACCGGCGGUGCUAAAGCAGACAUGGCACAGAGAUGUAUGGAUAACCUGCAGAUGCAUUUGCAACUAUAAAGUCAACAAAAUCACAAAAGUGAGUUUUGUUGAUGUUGACUGCCAGCUAAUCGAUGCUAACAUGCUACGCGAACCGACGCUAACAUGCUAUUUACCGGCGGUGCUAAAGCAGACAUGGCACAGAGAUGUAUGGAUAACCUGUAGAUGCAUUUGCAACUAUAUUACGUUUCCUUCCACCCACAUUUAAUGCGAAACAAACACUUACCAAUCGACGGAUUUAAGUUGCUCCCGUGUCAAAAGAUGCGAAAGUCCUGAUCGUUUGGUCCGCACAUUUUACCGGCGAUGCUAACGCAGCUAUUCGGCCAUGCUAUGGCUAUGAAUAGCGUCAAUAGCUAUUCGCUCAAUAGCUUCAGUUUCUUCUUCAAUAUUUUCAUACUCCAACCAUCUGUUUCAAUACAUGCGUAAUCUGUUGAAUCGCUUAAGCCGCUGAAAUCCGAGUCUGAAUCCGAGCUAAUGUCGCUAUAUCUUGCUGUGCUAUUCGCCGUGGUUUGUUUACAUUGGCAGCACUGUAUGACGUCACAAGGAAAUGGA